GGGUGGGAGAAAGAAUCGCUGUGAUUGGUCGAUGCAGAUUAAUUGAGAAAAAGCUCCUUGAAACUUGAAACUCGACUUGAGGACGCCAUAUUGCCUUUUUCCGCCUUAUCCAACACAAAAGUGCACCAGAGUCCACGUGAACCAUGGCGGAUCAAACCGAGAAGGCUUUCCAAAAGCAGCCGACCGUGUUCCUGAACAGGAAAGCCGGUCUUAAGAAAAAGACUAGGCAUUACAGAAAUGUCGGCCUAGGCUUCAAGACCCCCAGAGAGGCCAUUGAGGGAGGCUACAUCGACAAGAAGUGCCCCUUCACCGGAAAUGUCUCGAUCCGAGGCCGCAUCCUCACUGGCGUCAUCCAGAAGAUGAAGAUGCAGAGGACCAUCGUCAUCAGGCGCGACUAUCUGCACUACAUUCGCAAGUACAACCGCUUUGAGAAGAGGCACAGGAACAUGUCUGUCCACUGCUCGCCCUGCUUCAGAGACGUGUCGAUUGGUGACGUUGCCACCAUUGGAGAAUGCAGACCCCUCUCAAAGACCGUGAGGUUCAACGUCUUGAAAAUCACCAAGGGAGCUGGUUCCAAGAAGAGUUUCAAGAAGUUCUGAUCGGUGUCUGUGCUUUCUAAGAUUACUUUAUCAAACUUUUUGAAUAUGUCGAAAUAAAGAGGCGGGGUGAACAUAAAACAUAA